AUGGCUCUCGACCCCCGCGCGCUCGAGGACAAGGCUAGAAAGGCUCUCCAGGGCGCGUCCGGAGGCUUCAGUUUCUUCAGCAACAAGGAGGAGAAGUACCAAAACGCUGCCGACCUCUAUGUCCAGGCGGCCAACGCCUACCGGAUUGAAAGGCUAAGCAAGGAGGCCGGAGACUGCUUCAAGGCCGCCGCGGAAAUUCACCGAAACUAUUUGAACGAGCCAGACGAUGCCGCGAACCAGAUGAUCGAUGCGUUCAAGGUGUACCGGAAAGACUACCCAGAGGAAGCCAUCAAGUGCAUUGUGUCGGCCAUCGAACGGUACAAGCAGAAAGGCAACUUCCGGCGUGCGGCAUCCCACCUCGAAAAUGCGGCCGAGCUGCUCGAGGAGACACACGACACUAAGCGCGCUAUACAGUUCUACAGCGACGCGGGGACCUUUUACGAUGACGAUAACGCCAAGGCGUUGGGGAACAAAAACUGGCUCAAGGUGGCCGAUUUGUCGGGCUUAAACGGUGACUACUUGACUGCGAUGAAACUCUACGAGAAGGUGGCCGAUGCGUCGCUCGACAACCACCUGAUGAAAUACUCGAUCAAAGACUACUGGUUGAAGGCGGGCAUCUGCGCGCUGGCGAGCGGGGACAUUGUUACCGCGAAACGAAACUUGGAGACGUACCAGGCGAAGGACCCAACGUUUUCGGGCCAGCGCGAGUGCCGCCUGCUCGUGGACCUAGUCGACGCGCUCGAGCAGAAAGACGAGGUUACGUUUGGUGACAAGCUGUUUGAGUACAACCAAAUGAGCCCGCUGGAUGCCUGGAAGAUGCAGCUCCUUGUGAAGGUCAAGAAUGAUCUCGACGAGGCGGCCAACGAAUUUUCUUAG